UGAGAGAGAAUGGUGCUAAAAACCAAACCUGCGCGCACUCUCUGAAGAGACGGUGAUCUGAUCCAAUCAAAAUUAAUGAUACGCUACAUUCGCCGUAUUUCCCUGCACAAGAUGGACGCUCUCCGCGCAUAAAUCGGACCCUACAGCCCGCCUUCCAGGCAGCAGGAGUGUUAUUUUGAAGGGCUUCAGAGGAACCGCGGCGGUGUGUUGCCGUGUCCCGGAGUUUGGUGCUACCUACCGCUGCCAGCAGCCAGCGGGGCUCCGCUCACUCCUCACGCCGCUGCUGUGGGGGGGUCGAGUGGCGCAGGACAGCGUUCAGCCUGGCGGUUGUCAGCGGUUGGUUGUCUUUGGACCCGGACGGUUGGUCGUCCAGCUCUGACUAGAAAUUAAUGUGCCUGAGGGUCUGAAACCCGUCUGCUCGAUGGCGACCUCCAGCUCCGCCGCCGCCGCUGUGCCUCCAGGUUUCCGUUAUGAAACUAAAUACGUUCUGCUGAGCUACCUGAGGAUGCGGCCCGUCGACAGAGCCCAGACGGCGGCUACAGAAGCAGGAGACGCGCAGAAUGAGCGGGAGAGGAGCAGGAGGAUGAAGGAGCAGAUCGAGGAAGAGCUGAAACAUCUGGAGGAGGAAAUGUCUGCCUGCCUUUCCAGCACAGGUGUGGACCUCCAGCAGUCGUCGGUGUUCUGCCCACCAAACCCAGAGAGCUCAGUGGAAGACUGCCUGGCUGCCAUCGGAGACAGCGUGGCCCAGCAGCUCGGUCCAGACCUGCCAGCAGCCGUGAAAACUCUCCUCACUGGACCUCUGGACUAUCAGAGAUUUCAGAGCACGACGCUGGAUCUGGCCCAACUCACUCAAGCAGGUUGGAACAAGGUCUUGGUGCCGUUGCUGCUGCUUCAGGCUCUGCAGAGUGAGGGCAAGCCUCUGGCGGCCCUGCUGCAGCUGGGGCUGCGCUGCCUGGAGGAGGACGAGGCGCCGUUCAUUAUCCAGCAAGGAGGAUGGGGGAAAGUUCUGCUGCUCAGUCAGAACCGGAGCAUUCCCGGUCCCAUCGCUGAAGACAGCAACGACAUCUACAUCCUGUCAGAGGAGCAGCAGCCGGACCCGCUCAGCCCGCCGUCCUCGCUGCUCGGCGCCGCAGACGACAGCGAGCCCGGCUCCUGGCAGACGGAAAGCUUGGCGGCGUCUCUGGCCGGCCACGAGUCCUGGGCACAAGUCGGUCCGAUGGACCCGGAAGACGUGAAGAGCCUGGACAGCAACGAGGCGGCGGCGCUGGCCGAGGAGCGCAGCGACAACAACUCCUCCAACUCGGACAUCGUUCACGUGGAGCGCGAGGAGGCGGAGCUUCUGGAGGAGGGCGGCGGCGGCGCCAUCGACGAGAGCAUGAUGAGCGUUCUGGGCACAGAGAGCGACCUGGCGGCGCUGCGGGCCGAGUUCGGGGACCCGGGUCCGGUCGGACCCGUCUCCUCGCCUCCGGCCUCCCUCGUGUCGUUGGAGGAGCCGGUCGUCAUAGAAACGCCCACAGGUCUGUCUGCGGAGCCUUCCCACGUCUCCUCAGAACCAGAGCUGCUGCCUCCCGACCCGGAACCCGUCGCGGUUCCUCCAGCAGAACCUGGGCCUGGAGCUUCACCGCCUGUUCCUGCAGCAGAACCAGAACCUGAGCCAGAAUCCACUGCUGCCAGCACCCCAGUGCCUGUCGAGGUGGAGACCUCAUCUCAAGCUAAGGAAACCCCAACAGCACCAGCAGAACCCGAAGCCGCACCAGAACCAGCUGCUCAACCAAAGCAGGAAGCCGAGCCUGCCGCGGUCCCUCAGCCGCCGGAACCAGAGGCCGCGGCAGAACCCGAUCCCACAGCGGCAGAACCCGACCCCACAGCGGCGGCACCGCCAGCCGAGGAGGUCCCAGCGCCUUCUGAAGCUCCAGCUGAGGCUCUGGAGGCCCCUGUGGCCCCCAAAGCUGCCGCUGUGGCCCCUGAGGAGGUCCCAGCCCAGCCGGAACCGGCAGAAGAGCUCCCGGUUCUGCUUUAUGGAGGCGCUGUUCUGGUGCUGCUUGCUGCUGUGGUCUGCAGCGUCAUCUUCUUCAGGAGGAGGAGGUAGAAACAGCGCUGGGAUCCCGUAGGAAGGAAAUAAAGGUUUUAUUUUAACGUAGAAGUAAUAAGUUCCCUAAAUGUGUGCUGGGUUUAUCUGAUUAGUUGAUCCUGAAGGGACCCGGCUCCGUUCCACCAGGUCCAAACACACUCCGCUCCGUUUCUGCCGGCUUUACCGGCCGUGUUGUUCUGAAAGUCUUCUCUCCCGCCUCUGAUCCGUUUAUGGGAUCCGUUCAGACUUUCUGCUGUUUUCUCCCGUCUGCCUGCCAAGCCGCAGGAAAACGACUCUGAAGAGAUUAAAGAUUAAAAAAAAUAAGCUUCUGAGACUUUUAGGAUUUAUUUUUCUGUUUUUGAGCAGCAAAAAAUUAGAUUUAAAGUUCCCUUUUUGACGAUGAAUUCUUAAAUUGAUGAAACAGUUUAUUUUAUUUACUGUGAAUGUGGACCCGUUCAGACAUGCUGGGUCUGAUUCUGUAAAAAAAGAAAAAAAAGAAGCAAAAA